AACUUCACUGGACCAGGGGAGCCCGACUCCACUCGCUGCGACACCCGGGAGCAGCUGUUAAUUAGGGGCUGUGCAGCCGAUGACAUCAUGGACCCCAGGAGCCUCGCUGAAACCCAGGAGGACCAGGAGGGGGGCCGGAAGCAGCUGUCCCCACAAAAAGUGACGCUUUACCUGAGACCAGGUCAGGCGGCUGCAUUCAAUGUGACCUUCCGACGGGCCAAGGGCUACCCCAUCGACUUGUACUACCUGAUGGACCUCUCCUACUCCAUGCUCGAUGACCUCCUCAACGUCAAGAAGCUGGGCGGCGACCUGCUCCGUGCCCUCAAUGAGAUAACCGAGUCGGGCCGCAUUGGCUUCGGGUCCUUCGUGGACAAGACCGUGCUGCCCUUCGUCAACACGCACCCUGAGAAGCUGCGGAACCCGUGCCCCAAAAAGGAGAAGGAUUGCCAGGCCCCAUUUGCCUUCCGGCACGUGCUGAAGCUGACUGAUGACUCAAGACUGUUCCAGACAGAGGUCGGGAAGCAGCUGAUUUCUGGAAACCUGGACGCGCCUGAGGGCGGGCUGGAUGCCAUGAUGCAAGUCGCUGCCUGCCCGGAGGAAAUAGGCUGGCGCAACGUCACGCGGCUGCUGGUGUUCGCCACGGACGACGGCUUCCACUUUGCUGGGGACGGGAAGCUGGGUGCCAUCUUGACCCCCAACGACGGCCGCUGCCACCUGGAGGACAACAUGUACAAAAGCAGCAAUGAAUUCGACUACCCAUCGGUGGGUCAGCUGGCGCACAAACUGGCCGAAAGCAACAUCCAGCCCAUCUUCGCAGUGACCGAGAGGAUGGUGAAAACCUACGAGAAACUCACUGAGAUUAUCCCCAAGUCGGCCGUCGGGCAGCUGUCAGAGGAUUCCAGCAACGUGGUCCAGCUCAUCAAGAACGCGUACAAUAAACUCUCCUCCAGGGUCUUCCUGGACCACAGCACCCUCCCCGACACCUUGAGAGUCACCUAUGACUCCUUCUGCAGCAACGGAGUGCAGCACAUGGGCCAGCCCCGUGGGGACUGUGAUGGCGUGCAGAUCAACAUCCCGAUCACUUUCCAGGUAAAGGUCACGGCCACGGAGUGCAUCCAGGAGCAGUCAUUUGUCAUCCGGCCACUGGGCUUCACCGAUACAGUGACUGUGAGGGUCCUUCCCCAGUGUGAGUGCCGGUGUCGGGACCAGGAGUCCCGCAGCUUCUGCCGUGGCAAGGGUUCCGUGGAGUGUGGUGUCUGCAGGUGUGACUCUGGCUACACCGGGAAAAGCUGUGAGUGCCAGACGCAUGGCCGGAGCAGCCAGGAGCUGGAAGGCAGCUGCCGCAAGGACAACAACUCCGUCAUCUGCUCGGGGCUGGGGGACUGCAUUUGCGGGCAGUGCGUGUGCCACGCCAGCGACGUGCCCGACAAGCUGAUCUUCGGGCAGUACUGCGAGUGCGACAACGUCAACUGCGAGCGCUUCGACGGCCAGGUCUGCGGCGGCAAAGGGAGGGGGCGUUGCUCCUGUGGCAAGUGCCACUGCAGCGAGCACUACGAGGGCUCGGCGUGCCAGUGCCGGAGGUCCACCGAGGGCUGCCUGAACGCGCGGCGCGUCGAGUGCAGCGGCCGCGGCCGGUGUCGCUGCAACGUGUGCGAGUGCGACGUGGGCUACCAGCCGCCCUUGUGCGCGGAGUGCCCGGGCUGCCCCUCGCCCUGCGGCCGGUACAUCUCCUGCGCCGAGUGCCUGAAAUUCGACAAGGGCCCCUUCGGAAAGAACUGCAGCGCGGAGUGUGCGACCUUGCAGCUGCGCGACAGCCCUGUGAGGGGCAGGACGUGCAAGGAGCGGGACUCCGAGGGCUGCUGGAUGACCUACACCCUGCAGCAGCGGGACGGGAGGGACAGCUACUACAUCCACGUGGACGAGAGCCGAGAGUGCGUGAAGGGCCCCAACAUCGGCGCCAUCGUAGGGGGUACCGUGGCAGGCAUUGUGCUGAUUGGCGUCCUCCUGCUGGUCAUCUGGAAGGCCCUGACCCACCUUAGUGACCUCCGGGAGUACAAGCGCUUCGAGAAGGAGAAGCUCAAGUCCCAGUGGAACAAUGAUAACCCCCUUUUCAAGAGUGCCACCACGACGGUCAUGAACCCUAAGUUUGCUGAGAGUUAGGAGCACUUGGGGAAGACAGACGGUCAGGACUGGCCAGAUGGGACCCCUGGACCAUACCUCCUCCAUCAUAUGACCAUGACAUGGUUAACCACUCUUGACAUAACCACGAUCAACCAGAAAAUCACCGUGGUGAUCACAUGGACUCAUCAAGAGGGACAUCCAUAUAGUCUUGCGCUAGAGACUUGAGAAGGGAAUGCUUAUGUCCUACAGGCAGAUACACAUUUCCCUGUGUGAAAGCUGGGACAGCAGUUGGAUUAAAGGUGGCAUAGAUGUAUCUAUAUUUAAACUAAUCAGGGUACAAAACUACAUUGCAUUGAUUAUACUGUAAGCCAAUUGUGUAUAGAAAAAAAUAAAAUAACCUUUCAUACAGGC